CAGUCGCCAUUGGUAUCGGUGGGACGGGAGUUUAUUGAAAACAAAGUAGAUCGAAUAAAUUUUUAAAUGAAGAUUAAAGUAAAUCAAAUUUAUACAAAAUGUUCAGUAAAAAACCUCACACGGAUGUUAAAAAAUCGAUGUACAAAGUACUCGACGUUAAAAAAGAUUCGCUUAGUCGUUUGAAACAUCUUCGUUUAGUUUUAGAUAAUUCAGAUGUACAAGAAGCCAGACUUUUUUUUGAAACAAACUACAGUCAUAUCUACUAUAUUUUCUAUGAUGUCUUUAUUGCUAUAGAAGCCAACUUAAAACAACGGGUGCAUAAAGCUCAUAGAGAAGAAUUGGAUGUAAUUCGUUACAUAUUGGAGAAAAUUUUGAUAUUGAUUCCUGAAUUAUUGAAUAAGAAAUGGCAACUACACAGCUUACAACGAAUCAUGAAAAAACUACUACAUCCUGGCAAUUCAAUAAAGUUAAGAAAAGAGGGAAUGCGCCUUUUUCUUCUCUGGUAUCAGAUUUUAAAUGACAAUGCACCUGACGAUUUAGAUAUUAUGUUUAUGGCAUUGGUUCCUGGUAUCAUUCCUGAGUCCCAGAUUCCUCCGUCGUGGUCUAAUAUAUCAUAUAAAGGAUUUUUAACUCAAGAAUCAUUUUCAGAAUCUUCAGUUUUCUAUGCAUCAUUGAAUCAAGAUGAUAUAGGUCCUGUUUAUCCUGGUGAAAUACAAGCAUUAAUUCCCUCCCAAAGUAGUGAUCAAGCACCCGAAGAUGUAACUCGUUUCUUCUUAGAUUCCCUUUUGGAAUUAAUGGUAUCUCAGGUAAUAAAAAUUGAAUGGAAAGAUAAAGCCGAAGGAAAGCAGCAAAAAUGUUUUCAUUUCUUAUUUGAAAAAUUUAAACGAUUUUAUUUGCCUUUUAUUUUUCCCCAAUUGUCGUGGACAAGAAGUAUAUAUAAACCAACACUAGAUCUACCCGUUUUAAGAAGAGACGAGAAUUCAAUUCAAGAAAACAAAGAAUCUGGUUUCAUUCAUAAAGAUACACUUCUGCAAUGUCAGUCUGCUGUAAUACGAUGGGUGGCAAAUUUCGCUCAUCACACCAAAAAGUUUGAUAGUGUCAAUCCUCCGUCACAAAUUGAUAACAGAGAUCAUGCAGAUAACACUGCAGAUAAACAGUUGCCAGACUCUUCUACCGAUAAUGAUAUCAGUCAGUCGAAUACUAGUUUAGUUUCGUCAAUAUCGUUGCAAGAACGAGAUUCGAAUGUUUCAUUAACUUCAAACGAGGACCACUUGUUUUUGGAAUAUGCAAUAGUUAAGGAAACAUUCUAUUCGACUCAUGAUAAUGUCAAUUUAGUACAUGAAAUAUUUAGACAGGCAUUCCUGCUGCCAUUUGGCCAUGCAAAUGCAAUGAGAAAAGUUGUUCAGGUGUACAAAGAUUGGAUAUAUAAAAAU